UCAGAUUCAGAAGUCAAAAGUUAGAGCAAGGUUACUGAAAAUUGAAGUUUGGUCAGAUUAUCAGGGAACGCAAGACGUAAUCAUAACCGUAAUAAUAUCUAUCAGCAGACGCGCUUCACGCUUGUGCAUAUCGGAAAUUUUGUUACGACAUUGGUGUUUGACCCCGUGAAAAAACAAUACAAUGCAGGUGCCUACACCGGUGUUAUACGCUGCAAUACCAGUGUCCCUUGCUGUAGCGUUGGGCUUAAUACGAAGAUGGAGAUCACGGAAUUGGGGUAAAUGUGUUAGCAAUACAUGUUUAAGAGGAAAAACGUUCAUUAUUACCGGUGCUAAUAGCGGUAUUGGCCUAGAAACGGCUAGAGCUUUGGUGAGAAGAAAAGCCCGUGUUAUAUUUGCUUGCCGCGAUCUUGCGAAAGCAAAAGAAGUGGUCUCUAUUGUGAGGAAAGAGGAAAACGCCGGAGAACUUAUUCCCAUGCAGCUUGACCUAGCGUCAUUUGAAUCUAUAGAAAAGUUUGUUGAGGUAAUAAAAGCGGGAUUCAACAAAAUUGAUGUCCUCAUCAACAACGCUGGAGUGGUAGUCCCAUUGGAUAGGGAUGAAAAGACAAAAGAGGGUUUCGAAAUUCACCUAGGUGUUAAUCAUCUUGGUCAUUUCUAUCUUACAAAUCUAUUGGUAGACCUGCUGAAGAAGGCCUCUCCGAGCAGGGUUGUCGUAGUUUCGUCGUCACUACAUGAGAGCGGCAAAUUAGACUUUAAAGACUUGAACUUACGGGAGGAAAUUGAAGCUGCGAAAAAGGGCAAAAAGGGCAGACGUAACCCUGGCUAUUGUAACUCUAAACUCAUGAAUGUUUAUUUCACAAGAGCUUUGGCUCUGAAAUUGAAGGAUAGUGGUGUAGAUGUUAAUGCCUGUUGUCCUGGAUUCUGUUACACUAAUUUAUUCAGAAACUUCGUUAGAUGGUACCAUUACAUACUGAUGGCUCCAGUGGCGCUGCUGUUUAUGAGGUCAGCGAAACAGGGUUCAGAAACGGUAGUAUACGCGGCGUCCGACUACAGCAUUGAGGGACAAACUGGUAAAUUCUUCCGCGACUGCGCUGAAUUUACCUCCAAGUAUCCCUUCACGAAAGAGGAAGAAGAAAAGCUAUGGGAAGUCAGCGAAGAGAUGGUUAAAGCAAGGAGACCUCUGUAGAAGAUAUAGUUUAUACAGAAGUUUGGCCGGGCUGAAUGUUGGCAGUACUGUCAUCUUGCUCAUGUUGGUAGUUCUUGUUACUAUGGGGUAGUCUUAGAUUAUACACCUAAAUAGGUGUAUAAUCUAAGGGGGUAGUGGAUAUUUUACGUUGCCACAUCGAAUCGCGCCUAACUUCAGCCGGGUCAAAAAGAUUGGAGAGUUUCAUACAUGGGCGUAUAUAGCUAUCUAAGUAUAAGGGAUAUUUAGAAAAAAUAAUCUAAUUCCAAUAGUCUCCACUUGUGUGUACGCUCAUGUUUUCUUAUUAAUAAUUGUUCAUCAUUAAAAUAUUUUAUAAAAUAUUAAGCAUAAUUUACUUUGUGGUCUGCAUGUGCCAUUUUAAUCAUAAGCAGUGUUUUUUUGGUUUUGUGAGAUGGAACAAAAAAAAAGUGACAGAACAAAAUAUAUUAGCGGGAAAUUUAGAUUUGGAAUGGUUUGAAUGACAAUAAUUCAAGUGUUUUUUUUUUUGUUUCAUUUGGAACUUGGAAAGUGGUGUUUGGGAAGGGUCUUAUAAAAGUGCAUAAUAAUUUAA